AAAGGAAGAAAAAUUAGCCGACACAAAAGCAAGUAAGAAGUCCAGGAACCUAUUUAUCAGCCUGACCGCCACAUAACUGCUACAAGCCUCUAAUCUCCAUCAUUUUUAUCCAUUCAGUUUUUGUGAAUGUGAUCAUCUCCUUCAUCAAACAGUUUUCAUUUAGAGAAUUAAGUGACUUAUCUGUUAGCGUUAGAUAAUGAAGUGGGGAAGAAAGAAGCCCUCUUCUUUUUCUUUGAUCUCUCAUGUCUUUCCCAUUUCAUGGCUUUCCAAGUUCAAGCGAAAGAGUAGAGAUGUGGAACCAAAACCAGGUAAAGUGAAGCACGUUGAGGCUAAGUGGAAUUCAUGUGGUAAUGCCAGAGGAGGAGGUAGAUUCUACGGUGGGGAAGGUGAUGAUUUCUGGAAAUUAUCAUUUGGCGAAGAGGGUGUUGAGGGGAAGAGUAGUACGAGUGUUUUAACCUCAGUUUGGUAUAAUUCUGACAAUGAGUUUGAUGUUCCGCCUUCAACUUGGCAGAGUUCUGGAUCAAAAGCUACAACAUUAAUGGGAAAAGAAGAGAUUCAGAUGUUUGACAACUUGAGUUUGAAUUCAAAGAAGAUUAGAGACUCAUCAACCAAUGCAGAGAUUUUUCCUCGCAUGGAUGCAUGUAAAACUGAAGUACAUGAAGCAAUUAUCAUGACACCUAGAGUGAAAACUGAAAAGACAUUGAAGAGAAAUCCAAAAGUUUCAAGGGGUUCAUGUGAAAGAGAAGAGAAAUCAAGAAAAUCAAUUCAAAAAGACAACUUGGAAUUUGAACAGUUAAGAACAAUUCAAAUGAUGCAGAGACAGAAUUGCAAGUUAAUGAGUGCUUAUUUAGAGAAGCGGCAUCAUCACUCUUCAAGAAUGUCGAAAAAUUGUAAUCCCAUCGCUGAAGAAGAUAGUGUAUUUGCAGCAGGGAGUUUAAAUGGAAAUUAUGGAACCUCUUCAAAGAAAAUGAGUUCAGACUGGGAAGAAUUGAAACGGAUGAAGAUAAAAGAGCUAAAAUCAAAGAAUGAGAAGCAGGGGAAAUCUAUGGACACAAGCAGAGAAGUACAGAAAAAAAGAAUGAAACAGAGUAGCAAGGUGAAAGUUUCCUCUCCAAGAAUCAAGGCACUUGAGGACAUGAAGAAAGCCAAACUGAGGAUGAGUAAGGGAAAAGAGAAAACAAUGGAGCGAAGAACAAACCUAGAGAGCUUUGCUGUGGUGAAAACAUCAUUUGAUCCUCAAAAAGACUUUCAAGACUCGAUGAAUGAGAUGAUCAUGGAGAAAAAGAUCAGCCAGCCAGAAGAACUCGAAGAGCUCUUGGCAUGCUAUCUGACAUUGAAUUCUGAUGAAUACCAUGAUCUCAUCAUCAAGGUUUUCCGGCAGGUAUGGUGUGAGAUGAACCAGGCCUGCUUUGACAAUGAAUUACAGAAUUAAAAUUAUUUCCAUAAUUAACUAAUGGUUGGCUAAUGAUAGGAAAACUUGUAAAAAUACUGUCAAUAGUUAAGCAUUAGUGUUUU